AUGGCAACACCAGCCCGAACAACAACCCUCCUGACAAAUCUAAGCGCAGUAACAGCCCGCAUCAGCGCAGCAACAAGCAAAGCACCAAACCCCACCAAAAAAACAAGACUAGUCGCAGUCAGCAAGCUCAAACCAGCCUCAGACGCCCUAGCCCUACACACAGCACCAGCGCCAAUCUCGCAAACCCACUUCGGCGAAAACUACAUCCAAGAACUGCUCGAGAAAUCACGGCUCCUGCCACCAACCAUAAAAUGGCAUUUCAUCGGCGGAUUGCAGAGUAAUAAGUGUGUCAUGCUUGCGCGGGAUGUGCGGGGUCUGUGGGCCGUUGAGAGUGUCGAUAGUGAGAAGAAGGCUGGGUUGUUGGAUAAAGGGUGGAAGGAUCGGGAUGUUGCCGCUGUGGGGGGGCAGCAUGAUAAUUCUGAUGGGGAGGGGAGUGAAGAUGGUAGACUGCGCGUCUAUGUGCAGGUCAAUACAUCCGGCGAAGAGAAUAAAGCAGGCAUCGAACCUUCUUCCGCUGCCGGAUUGUGUGCGUUUAUUCGGGAGAAGUGUCCCCGUUUGAAAUUGCAGGGUCUUAUGACUAUUGGGGCGAUUGCGAGAUCGCGCGAUACGACGCCUGAGAAUGAGAAUGAGGAUUUUGUUUGUUUGAGGGAGACUAGGGAUCGCAUUGUGGCGGUGCUUGGGUUGACGGGCGCUGAGGCGGAGUUGGAGCUUAGUAUGGGGAUGAGUUCUGAUUUUGAGGGUGCUAUUGCUCUUGGGAGUGAUCAGGUUCGGGUUGGGACUACUAUCUUUGGGGAUCGGCCGCCUAAGGCUGAGGCUAGGGUUGUUUGA